AUGAAUGCCCCACAUUUACCGAAACUCUUGGCCUUCGGCCGAUCGGACCACGAUCAGCUGAUCGCCCAACUACAGUUCCUCACGGUUGAGCAUCAGAUCCUCCGAGGGAAACUCCCCAAGAGGAUCUCAUUGACAAAGCGUGAGCGACGGAGACUAAUCCGAUUCGGCGAGGUUGUCGGUCCCGCAUUGCGGAACAUCAUCACGAUUGUUCAAUAUAGCACAUUUCAGAAGUGGCUUCGUCCAAACGGUCACAAGAAACGGGGCUUCAAGGCGAAGACCGGACGCCCGCCCACAAGGCGGGAUUUGAAGAAGCUGGUCCUGCAAAUGGCGAGGACUCCGGGCUGGGGAUAUACGCGAAUCCUUGGUGAACUCCGUAAACUCGGGAUCAUGUCGGUUUCGCGAUCAACCGUUCGCUCCAUCCUGAAGGAGCAUGGCAUCGAGCCCGCACCGGAUCGGGCGGAACCAGUGUGGGACAAGUUUCUCAAACGGCAUGCGGCAACACUCUGGUCCUGCGAUUUCUUUACCAAGAAAGUGCUCACAGCCCGAGGCUACAAGAGAUAUACGACGCUUGUAUUCAUGCAUAUAGAGAGUCGAAAGGUGCUGGUCACGAAGGCAACUCAGCACCCCACCAACAAUUGGAUGUGCCGGGUUGCCGAGUGCUUCCCCUUGAUGGCGAAAGAACUCGGACUUCAGUCCCCCACCAUUCUUGUGCGUGAUAACGAUGUGCUGUACACCCGAGAGUUUAAUGAAACACUUCAGCGAGAAGGCGUGAAACCAUACCCGUUGCCAAUCAAAUCGCCGUUAAUGAAUGCACACAUCGAGCGGUGGAUCAAAUCACUCAAGGUUGAGUGCCUCGAUCACUUCGUCUCAGUUGGCGGGAUGCAUCUUGACUACUUGAUCUCCGAGUAUGUCGAGCACUACCACCAUGAACGCCCGCACCAGGGGAUUGGGAAUCGACCGAUCAUGAAUAGCAGUCCACCAGCCACAGCAGGCGAGAUCAAAUGCGACACUCGACUCGGCGGGCUGCUCCGGCACUACCAUCGGGUGGCCUGA